AUGCCGGAUAGCUUUACCAUAACCGAUCCUUGCAUUUCUGGCCACCCAAUUGUGUUCGCCUCAAAUGGGUUCUUGAAAAUGGUUGGUUAUUCAAAACAAGAGGUGGUUGGCAGAAAUGGGAGGAUAUUUCAGGGACCAGAGACCGAUCGAAGGUCAGUUAUGGAGAUUCGAGAGGCUGUUCGUGGGGAGAGGGCCCUGCAGCUGAGCUUGUUGAAUUACAAGAAAGACGGGACUCCAUUUUGGAUGUUGUUUCAAAUGUGUCCUGUUUUUAGCAAGGAGGAUGACAGGGUGAUUAAUUUUGUUGCGGUUCAAGUGCCGAUUGCGAGGAAAACAAGGUUAUCCGGACAUGGGGUCUUUAGGAGUGAGAUAAGUUUGUUUGAAGAAGGAGCUGGAAUACGGGAUGUCGUUAUGGGCUGCUGUAGGAGGGAAGUUUGCUGGGAGCUAAGGCAUGUGUCCUCGCCUGAGUUGGUGUCGAGUAGUGAUUAUAGAGAAGUUGAGAUUAAUGAGCCAUGCACCGCAAGUGAGGUAGAGAAGGCAAAAGCCAGUGCUGCGAUUAGAAACAUUUUGUCCGUGCUAACACACUACAGUGAGUUGACAGGCAGGCACGUGUCUGGAAUAAGGCGCUACCUAACAGGGAAUGAGCGCCUUGUCGCAUCCUUAAAUAUAUCUCUUGGUAGAAUCAAACAAAGCUUUGUAUUAACUGAUGCUCUCUUGCCCGAUAUGCCUAUAUCUUACGCGAGUGAGGAGUUUUUGAAGCUGACAGGCUAUGGUAGGCAUGAAGUACUUGGGCAGAACUGCCGAUUUUUGAGUGGGAUAGAUACAGACCCCACAACGCAAUUCCAGAUAAAGGACUGCAUUGAGAACCAGCAAGCUUGUACAGUACGUAUCCUAAAUUACAGAAAAGAUAAAACUUCAUUUUGGAAUUUUCUUCACAUUUCACCUGUGCGGAAUGCUUCAGGAAAGGUGGCAUUCUUUGUUGGGAUUCAGAAAGAAGAUGAAUGUAGUAACGGGGAGGCAGACGGGUUGAGACCAGAGGCUAGACAACUUAGUGUCGUCGGGGCUGUUAAGGUUGCUGUAAGGAGCUUAUCUAUGGGCACUGGUAUGCCUAGCUAG